UGUAAGCCAGCUAUUUACAACACGUGUUCGAAGAUGGCACAGUCUGAUGAUGGUCCCACACUUAAAGACAAGCAAAAGCUGAGACAAAUUCAAACAUUGAUUAAGGGAGGUCGUCUUGAUGUAAAAGAGUUGAAGACACUGAAGAAACUUGAAUCCAAAAUACAGAGAAGACUGACUGCUGAACUGACAGAGGAGAGUGAGACGGAGGAUUCAGGUAGAGAGGGGACGAGAAAAGUUGGUGGUACCAGCAGAAAGCGAAAGCCAUCGAUGUCACUAGAGAACAAGGGAGCAGAAGCAGCCAAGAAGAUUUGUUCAACUGCUGAUGUCAGCGCUGAUCGCGGCAAUACAGAUACUGAUGAUGACGGGUCAAGCGAGUCUGGAGAAGAUGAGGGAGGGAACACUGUUCAGACAAUGGAAAUAUCACAGUUGCCAGGAAGCAGUGUUGGAGCAGGCAUUGUGACAGACUUGUCGUUUGCAAGUCUGAAGGGCAAAGUUGCAGACAACUCCUUGAAAGGAAUAGAAGAUAUGGGCUUUACCUACAUGACUGAGAUUCAAGCAAAGUCCAUUCCUCACUUGCUGGAAGGCCGGGAUCUCAUGGGAGCUGCAAAGACUGGAAGCGGCAAAACGCUGGCAUUCCUUAUUCCUGCUGUUGACUUGAUGUACAAACUGAAGUUCAUGCCUCGCAAUGGAACUGGCUGCAUCAUUAUUUCGCCCACUCGGGAGCUGUCCAUGCAGACAUUCGGGGUGCUGAAGGAGCUGCUCAAGUACCACUGCCACACCUAUGGACUCGUCAUGGGGGGCACGGAUCGGAAACAAGAGGCCAAGAAGCUGGCCAAGGGAAUCAAUAUACUGGUGGCUACGCCAGGCCGCCUUCUGGACCAUCUGCAGAACACGCCAGACUUCAUGUUCAAGAACCUCCAGUGCCUCAUCAUUGAUGAAGCUGAUCGAAUACUGGAUUUGGGAUUUGAAGAAGAAAUGCGACAGAUUAUCAAACUGUUGCCAAAGAGGCGGCAGACCAUGCUUUUCUCAGCAACACCCACCAGAAAAACGGAAGAUUUGGCUCGAGUAUCCUUGAAGAAAGAACCAUUGUACGUGGGUGUUGAUGACCGGAAGGAUGCUGCCACAGUCGAAGGCCUGGAGCAGGGCUAUGUUGUAUCCCCAUCAGACAGACGAUUUCUUCUCUUGUUCACUUUCCUGAAGAAGAAUCGCAAAAAGAAGAUAAUGGUUUUCUUCAGUUCGUGUAUGGCUGUGAAGUUCCACAGCGAGCUUCUGAACUACAUUGACCUGCCAGUCAUGUGUAUCCAUGGUAAACAAAAGCAAAGUAAACGAACACAGACGUUUUUCCAGUUUUGCAAUUCCAAAGAAGCCAUAUUAUUGUGUACUGAUGUUGCUGCUCGUGGGCUUGAUAUCCCACUGGUUGAUUGGAUCAUACAAUACGACCCACCUGAUGACCCAAAGGAAUACAUUCACAGAGUUGGCCGAACUGCUCGUGGGGAUGGCGGCUGUGGACAUGCACUGCUCAUUCUUCGCCCUGAAGAGUUGGGCUUCCUUCGAUAUCUGAAGCAGGCCAAAAUUCCACUUCAUGAGUUUGAAUUUGCCUGGAGUAAAAUCUCCAACAUCCAGCCUCAGCUGGAGAAACUGAUGUCACAGAACUACUUCCUACACAAGUCAGCGGACAUGGCGUACAAGUCUUACGUCCGGGCAUAUGCUAGUCAUAGCCUCAAACAGAUAUUUGAUGUCAGUACCUUGGACCUUAAGAAAGUGGCUCUCUCCUUCGGCCUGAUGGUCCCCCCACAGACCAACAUGGAAUUAAAGGGUAGGACAUCCCAACGGCGAGGACGUGAAGAAUCCUACGGUUAUCGCAAGGACAAGUUUGGAAAGAAAGCAAAGAUGUUCAAACAAGUUGGUGGUAGACAGAAGAGAUAGGGUGAGCUUAGCAAGGACUGAUUUGCAGCCACUUGCUGUCUACACAGUGAUGUGUCAGACUGGCUGUCUACACAGUGAUGCGUUAAACUAGCUGUCUACACUGUGAUGUGUCCGACUGGCUGUCUACACUGUGAUGUGUCCGACUGGCUGUCUACACUGUGAUGUGUCCAACUAGCUGUCUACACAGUGAUGCGUCCAACUGGCUGUCUACACAGUGAUGUGUCCAACUAGCUGUCUACACAGUGAUGCGUCCAACUGGCUGUCUACACAGUGAUGUGUCCAACUAGCUGUCUACACUGUGAUGUGUCCAACUAGCUGUCUACACUGUGAUGUGUCCGACUGGCUGUCUACACAGUGAUGUGUCCAACUGGCUGUCUACACUGUGAUGUGUCCAACUAGCUGUCUACACUGUGAUGUGUCCGACUGGCUGUCUACACAGUGAUGUGUCCGACUGGCUGUCUACACUGUGAUGUGUCCCACUGGCUGUCUACACUGUGAUGUGUCCAACUGGCUGUCUACACAGUGAUGUGUCCAACUGGCUGUCUACACUGUGAUGUGUCCAACUGGCUGUCUACACAGUGAUGUGUCAGACUGGCUGUCUACACUGUGAUGUGUCCAACUGGCUGUCUACACAGUGAUGUGUCCGACUGGCUGUCUACACUGUGAUGUGUCCAACUGGCUGUCUACACAGUGAUGCGUCCAACUGGCUGUCUACACAGUGAUGUGUCCAACUAGCUGUCUACACAGUGAUGCGUCCAACUGGCUGUUUAGACGGCAACACAACUUUCAUUAUCAUUAUAUAUUUGCUGCUGUUGGACUCAUUUUGUCAAUAAAGAAUCUUAUCUUC